AUGAAACUAAUUUCUAUCUUUGUGUUCCUUUCUCUUAACGCAGCGGAAGCGGGAGUGGGGACUCGCGGGGACGGCGGCGAGCAAGGUAACGGGGGGGAGGUUCUCUCCCUUGCCUGCGCAGCGGAAGCGGGAGUGGGGACUCGCGGGGACGGCGGCGAGCAAGCGGAAGCGGGAGUGGGGACUCGCGGGGACGGCGGCGAGCAAGGUAACGGGGGGGAGGUUCUCUCCCUUGCCUGCGCAGCGGAAGCGGGAGUGGGGACUCGCGGGGACGGCGGCGAGCAAGGUAACGGGGGGGAGGUUUUCUCCCUUGCCUGCGCAGCGGAAGCGGGUGGGAGGGAACUCGUGUCGACGCUUCUUCCGGGACGCCUCACGGGCGCGCGGCGGCGCAUCGCGGCGCGGCGCGUCGGAGCACGGCGCUUGGCGGCGCUUCUCUCUGCUGUUCGUCCCGUCGUCGCCUUUCUGCUCGUCAAUUUCCGCUCCUCUCCGCCUUGGUGCCGUGACGUGUGGCAUCGCCAUGUGUGGGCAGUGUUUCAAGAACUCAAGCAAGACAAGAAGCGUCGGGGUUGUGCGAGCGGGGCGGCGGAGGGGGAAGGGUAG